ACAAUUCAAAUUCAUCAAUCAAGAUUAUUGAUUCAGAGCGAAAGUUAUUUAGGGUUUUUUCAUUUCCAAUAUUGAAUAUCAAAAAGGGAUAUGGAACGUGAGGAUGAGUUGAAGCUGAAAUUGCAAGAUUUACAGAAGCAGCUGGGGAAAAAGCAAAUGUUUGAAGAGGCUGUGGCUUCAAUUAGAUCUCUGCUCCAUCAAUUUUACCCUUCUGCUUCCCCUUCUCUUCGUAAAUCGUUUUUCACCGUCAUAUCACGAGUUGCAACUAUAUUGAAGACAAGAUACACCUCACCUGGAUUUUGGUCUGCCGGACAAGGGCUCUUUCUGGAGGCUGAACAGUUGGUGUCUGAAUCUUCUGAAAGGGAACAUUUGCGGACCUGCAUAGCUAGAGCCCGAGAGCAAUUAAGUGAAAUCGACAACCAGCCUGAGGAAUCUGCUCAAAACAGGAGAAGUCAAGGAUAUCUAUUUGAAGGGCAUCUUACGGUGGACCAAGAGCCUCCACAGCCACAGUGGCUGGUUCAAUCAAAUCUGAUGACAGCCCUUGCUGCUUCCAUGGCUCAAGCUGAGCCAUCUCGAGAUAACACAUCAGAGGGAUCAAACAAUCUACCACAGGAGCUGAUGGACAGAAUUCAUGAACUUAUGCCUGACGUAUCGGACGAGUCCAGUCUACCACAGGAGAUGAUUGACAGACUUGUGGCAAUGUUCCCAGAGGGAGAUUCGGCCCCAAGAGCACCACCAGCAAGUAAAGAAGUGGUUGCAAAGCUUCCGGUUAUUACUAUUACAGAUGAGAUCUUGGGCAAGUUGGGACCAGAUGCCGAAUGUGCCAUUUGUAAGGAGAAUUUGGUGGUAAAUGACAAUAUGCAAGAGAUGCCAUGCAAGCACACAUUUCAUCCUCCUUGCCUGAAGCCAUGGCUGGAUGCGCAUAAUUCUUGCCCAAUUUGUCGACAUGAAUUGCGGACAGAUGAUCAUGAGUAUGAAAGUCGAAAGGAGCGAGAAAAGGAGGCCGAAGAAGAGAGGAAAGGAGCUGCAAAUGCGGUCCGAGGAGGUGAAUAUAUGUAUGUAUAGGUUUAGAAAAAAAAUCCAUCAUUUUCUGAUUUUUUUUUUUUGGUAUGACAUUUUGUUAUGUUUUGCAUCUCAAUAUUGUGGUUAAUAAAUUUGAAGGGUAAUAUUUCAAUUAUAGUUCA